AUAUCCCGUUUCACUCGACUUUAUCUCUAAACCCCUGAAAACUCAGUCGCAAAAACCCUCAUCCAUUUCCAUCUACUGCACACACACAAAAAUGGCCGCCACCAUCGCCCGAUCGAUUCUGACCGUCCGAUCAGCCGGAGCCACCGCCUCUCUUCUCCUCCCGAAACGCCUCUUAUCCUCCACCGUCUCCAACCCUCCGCCGCUCGCUGGUUUCUCCCGCGUACGAAUUUCCACAUCUCGGUUUGCCACGCCCGCGCUAUCCCACUCGCUCAGCGUUAUCUCUACGAACAGAACCAAUCAGAUUCGAUGCCGAGUCUCUAGAUCCGGUUCGGCGUACUCACCGCUGAACUCUGGUUCGAAUUUCAACGACCGGCCCCCAACCGAGAUGGCUCCGCUCUUCCCCGGCUGCGAUUACGAGCACUGGCUUAUAGUGAUGGAUAAGCCUGGUGGCGAAGGGGCCACGAAACAGCAGAUGAUUGAUUGCUAUAUUCAAACCCUAGCCAAAGUCCUCGGAAGCGAGGAGGAAGCAAAGAGGAAGAUAUAUAAUGUCUCGUGUGAGAGGUACUUUGGGUUUGGUUGCGAGCUUGACGAGGAGACGUCGAACAAGCUUGAAGGUCUUCCUGGGGUUCUGUUUGUUCUUCCGGAUUCGUAUGUUGAUGCUGAAAACAAGGAUUACGGAGCUGAGUUGUUGGUAAACGGAGAGAUAGUUCAGAGGUCUCCAGAGAGACAAAGGAGAGUUGAGCCAGUGCCUCAGAGAGCUCAGGACAGGCCAAGAUACAAUGAUCGAACUCGUUAUGUCAGGCGUCGUGACAAUAUGCGGUGAAGACAACAGUCAUUGCUCUAAAUGAUGGUCUCGCUGUAUGAUAUUUGAACGAAAGGCUUUUAUUUAUGCCCCAAUGUCUUCUCUAGGUUUUCUGGUAUUAGGCUGUCUUUUUGGAUUGUAUUAGCCAGUAAACUAUUCAAGACUCAGAUUAUAUCGCGACAGUCUGUUUGGAAUCCGUAUUUACCCAACAAAAUAGUGAUAAAUGGUAUCCUUUUACGGUGUAAUGAAAUGAUGUACCUUCGUCUCCUUCCAAAUUUUAAUCUGUUUAGUUCUAUUUAUGGAAAGGAUAACUGUUCGGAAACGGAAUUAAAUUGGGAUAGUUUCUGA